AACCCAGCCCCCCAAAAACAAAAUGGCCCGCUUAUUUGUUUGUAGAUAAAGCGCUAACAGAGUCUCUCGCAGAAAACGUUCAGUGACAGAGAGAGCAAGAUGAGCACUCUGCUCAAGUUCUACAGACCCUUGUUCUCAAUCCCCUACUCCACUCGGACGGUUCAACUCGGAACCCACUGUUUUCAUAGCUUGUUCAAGCCCAAAAGGAGAAUUCGUUGCGUGAGUACUUCAAGCCACUCUCAGCCGUCGAUUGGGAUAGGUGGUAAAUGGGAGAGUCCAGAAUUUUCGGAGCUGUGGCUGCAGAACACAAUCAGCAGGAAGAAGGAGGUGUUUAGACCGAAAACUGUAGGGAAGGUGGGCAUGUAUGUUUGUGGAGUAACAGCCUAUGACCUCAGCCAUAUCGGCCAUGCUCGGGUCUAUGUUACCUUCGAUGUUCUGUACAGAUAUCUUAGGCAUUUGGGAUAUCAAGUCACUUAUGUUCGGAACUUCACAGAUGUUGAUGACAAAAUAAUUGCUAGAGCAAAGGAGUUGGGGGAGGAUCCAAUCAGUUUGAGCAGACGAUACUGCGAGGAGUUCAAUCGAGAUAUGGUCUAUCUUCAUUGCCUGCCUCCUUCUGCGGAACCACGAGUGUCCGAUCAUAUGCCACAGAUCCUUGAUAUGAUAAAGCAGAUUAUUGAAAAUGGAUAUGCCUACAUCGUUGAUGGGGAUGUGUACUUCAGUGUUGAAAAGUUCCCAGAUUAUGGACGUCUAUCUGGGCGAAAAUUAGAAGAUAAUCGAGCUGGUGAGCGGGUUGCUGUUGAUUCAAGGAAGAAACAUCCUGCUGAUUUUGCCCUAUGGAAGACUGCAAAGGAAGGAGAACCCUUCUGGGACAGUCCAUGGGGCCCUGGUAGACCUGGAUGGCAUAUCGAGUGCAGUGCUAUGAGUGCUGCUUAUCUGGGUUACUCUUUUGACAUACAUGGUGGAGGGAUGGACCUUGUGUUUCCCCACCACGAGAAUGAAAUUGCUCAGAGUUGUGCUGUGUGUAACCACAGUAAUAUAAGCUACUGGAUACACAAUGGUUUUGUCACUGUUGACUCAGAGAAAAUGUCCAAAUCCCUUGGAAACUUUUUCACAAUUCGGCAGGUUAUAGACCUUUACCAUCCCCUGGCUUUGCGACUUUUCUUGUUAGGGACCCACUAUCAGUCUCCAAUCAACUACGCUGAUGUGCUGCUUGAAAGUGCUUCAGAUCGGAUUUUCUACAUUUAUCAGGUACCACAGUAUCCUACUUCUCUGCAGAUGGAAGAAGCCUGUCUCUCCUCUCUCUCCCUUCCUUCCUCCCAGCCAACACCACACAGACACAUGAAUACGUUACAUGAUUGUGAAAGUGCGCUAAGCCAGCGUGAUGUGGUUACCCUGAAAGAUACCAUCCCACCUGAUACAGUGAACAUCAUCAAUAACUUCUAUAAAGUUUUUGUAACAUCAAUGUCAGAUGAUCUUCACACUCCUGUUGUUUUGGCUGCACUAUCAGACCCAUUAAAAACUAUUAAUGAUCUGCUUCAUACUCGUAAGGGGAAGAAGCAAGAAUUGCGGAUAGAGUCGCUUGCAGCUUUUGGGAAGAUACUUGGGAAUGUUUUGAGCACUUUAGGAUUGAUGCCUGAAAGUUACUCUGAGAUUCUGCAGCAGCUGAGGGAUAAAGCCUUGAAGCGUGCAAAGUUAACAGAAGAUCAAGUAUUGCAAAAAAUUGAUGAAAGAACUGCAGCAAGGAAGAACAAGGAGUAUGAAAGAUCAGAUAUAAUCAGAAAAGACUUAGCUGCUGUGGGGAUUGCUCUAAUGGACAGCCCAGAUGGGACAACAUGGAGACCAGCCGUACCUCUUGCAAUUCAAGAACAGCAGGUUUCAAUAACUUAAAUGGCUCACGCUAUCAGCAUUGUUACAAUUUGCCAGUACCAUACCAUAUAGGAUUAGGGUACUUACAAUUUUCAUUCGUAAGCAAUUCUGAAAAAUAGGUUUUGGGUUUCCAAAUGUAAUGAUAGAAAAAGGUAAAUUCAAGUUCAGGUUUGAUAACCAUGAGAAGAAAUUUGAUUGACCAUUGAUGAAGUUUUGGGGGCCAAGUCUGGUUCCCCAAUUUUUUAGUUUGUCAAUUAAUGGUUUUCGGCUUUA